AGAGCUCCGAUAUCGACGCCAGCCUGCUCGGAUUCUCUGCAAGGGAUCUCGCAGUCCGUGCAGCAACAGCAACAGCAGCAGACGCAGCAGCAACAACAGCAGCAGCAACAACAGGCGAACCAGCAACAGCAGCAGGAAUCUCUGUGCUCGGAAAUGGCGCGGGAGCUGUGCCGCGCGUUGCGAUGUCACGCGUCCUCGCGACGACGACGCGCCUGCGAGAAAUGCUCGACCCACGUGCUCGCCUAUCCGCCGGACAACCCCACUGCCACCCCCUUGAACGGGAUGAGAUCGCAGAGAAGCAGCCUGGGUGUUCCCACAGUCGAACUGCCGCCACACGUCCACAUGCAUCAUCACGCACCACCGCCACACGACUACGAUGGGACUUAAAACUCUGAUUUAGCGCUUCUUCGCACGUUUCGCGAAAGAUCACCACUUAGAGAGCUUAAA